AUGGGUGCGUGUGCUUCGUCAACCUCAAACUCGAAAUCGGAGAAAGCUGGCGGAGGAGGAGCGAGAGGGUCAUGGACAGCGGCCAAGGUGGUGGACAUGAAUGGUGGUGUUCAAGAGCUGAAGCAACCGAUCCAAGCCAAGAAAAUCAUAUCCCAGAACCCAAAUUGCUUCCUUUGCAGCUCGGAAUCCAUGAGCAUCGGCACUUGCGUGCCCCAAGUCCCCGACGACGAGGAACUCCAACCUGGAAAAAUUUACUUCCUGAUGCCGCUCUCCCAUUCCCAUAUACCUCUUUCCUUGCCGGACUUGUGUGCUCUUGCCAUCAAAGCUAGCUCAGCAACUUACACUGUUGACCUUUGCUCAACUAACUCUAAUCCCUUCGAGCUAUGCAUGUGA